GUGGACGUUUCAAGAAGGAAGUAGUACUUGACGGUCAAAGUUAUCUAUUACUUAUACGUGACGAAGGAAGUGCUCCACCUGAUUAUCAGUUUGCACAGUGGGUAGACGCGGUAAUUUUUGUAUUUUCAUUAGAAAGUCAAGAAAGUAUUGAAAUCGCAUUGCGAUAUUACGAACAAAUGGCCAAAUAUCGGAAUAUUAAUGAAAUACCUGUAAUGAUGGUAGCAACACAGGUAAACAUUUUGGGUGUAAUUAUUGCUGAUUAA